AUGACCUACAAGUUCAUCCUCGUGCUGCAUGAGAAGUUCCUCCAGAACUUCUUGCACGUUAACUACUGCGAUAACCUGCGCGGACUCACUCCAGGUCUGAAGAUGCAGACAAGUGUCGAAGUGGGCGCCGGCGAGGCAUGCCGACCCGAGGACGAGGACGACGCGGACGAGCAAACCAUCUGCCUCACUUGGGCAGACCAGGUCGUACCCAUCGAAUUCAAGCAAGACAAAUCGUACUUGGACCCGUUCGACGACAGGGAUGAGAACGGCACUGUGCGCUCUCGCAAGAAGGUCCGCGAACAGCUCGCACACUACGCCGAGACGGUGCUCGUUGAGCAGCACCGCACCUUCCUGUUCUUCAUCUUCGUUCUCGGCGCAAAUCCGCUUCACCCGUGGGACCAGUCGGGCGUCAUCGUCACCCCCUUGGUCGACUACUACGACGACUGGGAGACGACAUGCCGACUUCCUUCGGCGUAUCGCAUUCCUCGUCUGUCGCAAUCCCACGGCGAGGAGUCGGAUACGACAACACCGCCCGAUCGACCGACGUGGAUCAUGAAGAGCGCGAUCUCCGGGAUGACGAGGUCACCGACUCGGAGACUUCACGUUCGCCUACGUCCGGACGCGGUUCCGCAACUCUAUCCAGACGGGACCGCGGUACGCGCUCCAGGUCCCCGACGGAAGCGGCAUGCGCACGCUCCUCGUCGGACGCCCCGAGUUCACCGCUGGUGGGUCGUCGGGCGUUUCACGCGUGGUUACAUCGGGUACGACGAGAAGACGGAUCAGUUCUACUGGCUCAAGGAUACGUGGCGCGCGGACUACAAAAGGCUCGCUAAAGAAGGCGACACUCUGAAGCGGCUUCAAGAGGCAGGUGUCAAGAACAUUCCGACGCUGGUCUGCCAUGGCGAUAUCAACAAGCAGGUCACGCGGACCCACGAUUUCUGCGGCCUUUGCUCCUCCUCGCUGCUUCGGAAGUCUACGGACAGCACGGCCUGCAAGCGGAAGCUCCGCGAGUUCAAGGCGUCUCAAGGGGUCGCUCACGACGACGAAAUCAACCCCGACUUCGAUGGUGCCUGCCCUCUACGGCGCCACAGACACUAUCGCCUUUGCGUCAAAGAGAUUGGUCGUCCUCUUGAGUCGUUCACUAGUCCGCGUCAGUUCGUGAGGAUCAUGCACGACGCGGGAUCGGCACAUCGCACCGCCUUUAACCUAGCAAAUACUUUGCACCGAGACAUCAGUGGUGGUAACAUCAUCAUUUUCCCUCGUGUCAGGGGUACCAGGCAAUUCAUGUCGAUCACGAUGUUGCUCGGAAGCGGCAAGGUGUCCGAAGUCUCGGACGAUCUAGAGUCACUCUUCUACGUCACCCUCUACUACCUGGUUCGCUAUGUUCCGUCGAACAUCAGGACCUCGGAGGACAUCUUCCGCUGGCUGGAAGACAUUUUCGACUGCUAUGCUGUCAACGGGAAUAUGUACACCUGUGGCUCGGCGAAGAAGAAUGCCUCGUACAAGCUGGGUGGGGAGCUCGCCAUCGAUGACGACACCUCCUUGUGCUUCCAGUCCCCCCUUGAUAAACUCAUCAACACUCUGCACCUCGCGCUCAAGAACUUCUACCAACUCAAACGAUGGGAGAAGCAACAGCGCUUGCUGAAACCCGUCGAUACGUCUCUCGAAUCCGCUCUUGCGGCGAGACGCCUCGGUCCCGACGUCCCCUCCUCAUCCCCCGUCGCCGAUGACGGCCCUGGCGAAGAUUACUACGAUGUCGACGAGGACGAGGACGACGCGGCCGCUCCCACCGUCGCCUUCGCAGGCGCAAGCGGCCCCAUUCCGGAACCCGACGUGAGGGAGCGCACGUCCGCCUCCGUGUUCCAGGACCACUCCGUGUUUCUGCAGGUAUACAAGACCUGCAUGGGAACGAGCGGCUCGCUGUGGGGAAAACGCAACAAGCUUGCGGCCGACCGCCUGCCCCAGGACUCCUACUCGACGAGGCCGCUCGUGCCCUCGCUGAGACCGUCCGGUCCGCACCGCGCGACGGCGCACGGCUUCGAGGACGGCAAGUCUCCGAAGCGUCGGAUGAGUGACGAAUCAAGGAACACACCACCCAUCCGGCGAAAACGCGUUCACGACUCGUGA